AGACCCGUGUUAUUGUCUGCCGUCUGCAUCGCAUAAGUCUUGUGGUUUUGCUCCUAAUGAAGAGUCCGAACGGAGUACCAAGCGUCCUGAGCCAAGUCCUGCCGAGAUGCGCCGCAAUCCGGCCGAGGAUCAUAAACGCGACACGAUGUGAACAUGUUCUUUUGUUCAACAUCGACAGCUCCCAGAACACGACACCACAGUACGCCUACUCGACCUUGGUACUUUGCCUUAUUUUCCCGUCCUUAUAACUGACAGCCGCGACACUCCAACAUGUCUUCCGAACAAGACCCCGGUCCAGCGGCCGAUCCGCAGCGACGACCCCGAGACGCAGACACCGAAAUGCCCGACCGACCCUCAACGGCAGCCGCAGAACCACCAUCCGCCGCACCACAAUCAAUCAACGGAAAUGCCUCCUCCUCUUUUGAUCCGGCAACCCAAGAACAACGAUCAACAGCAAACCAAACAACACUAAUAGAAAGGCAACAACAACAAGAGCAGAAAGAAAAGACUCCCCCGCCAGCCCCAGGUCCCCGCGCCGCCCGCCUGCAAGCGCUCUUCGCCUCAACGGCCAAGCACACACUGGAUAAGAUCAACAAAGACAAUUUUGCCGCCUGUUUUCCGACCGUCGCGGCCAAGGCACCGCACACGCUUGAGUUUGUGCAGAGGCAGAUGGUUGAGCGGUUGGGGGGGUUGUGGAAUAAAGAAUUCGAAACAAUCAUGGCCAACCGGCAGGUCGUAGCACGGCUCAACGAGCUUGAAGCGCUCGUUGCCGACGCCACUAGGCGGAGGAUGGACUCGACCGACCCGAGCUCACCACCUGUAGCCCCACACACCCUCCCAGCCGCGACCAUCCUCCAAGCGCACCUGCGCCCGCACCUCCAAACCCACCGAACCCGCCUCACCACCCUCCUCCAAACAACACGGUCCGCCAACGCCCAGCUCUGGGACGAGAUCCAGUCGCAGCGGGCCGAGAUGGAAGCGCUGGUGGCAGACGUCGAGAAGGCCGUGCACGACAUGGACGGGGCGAACGAGCUGCUUUCCGAGGUAGUCGACGAGAUAGCUGUCGAGACGCGGGCAGCGGAUGGGGACGUGAGGGCCGUUCUUGACAGGAAUAUAGGAGGGUGAAUAAUAAGCCAUGAGCCGAGGGUGCGGCGGGCUCUGAGAGCACUUGGGGCAAAACCGGACAUAACAAGAAGUGGGAGGGCAGCUGUUUGGUGUACGGCGGUUAGCAAGGCAAAGACACAAGCGAGGCAAGCAUGGGCUCGAUGUUUGGGAUAUGGGCGUGUUGGAUACCAGGUGUCGGGGCGUUGAUGACUGUAUUCCGGGUCAAUAUGAAAGAAAACACGGGUCCGUUGAAAUCGCAGGUCAAGUGAAAUCAAGUGGUAUCAAUUACCCUUGCGUUCUCGCAAAUCUACACAUGUAUACUGGUAUGUCCACCUCAGAUAACCUCCCUUCGGCCUAUGAAGAUCCGCU